AUGAGCAAUCUCAACCACAACGUCUUCAAACUACUUUCAGAGAUAAACCCACUUCAACCAUUCGAUCCUUACAACCAAUACCAAAACACUAAUACCACGUCUACUCCUACACCAAAUAUGUCGGAGACCUCUGAGCCAAACACCAUGGAAGCAUCCGAAUCUAAGACCCUGGAUAAUUUCGAGACAACCACCCCGAAGACCAAGGUUCCUGCUACGAUCACUACUCAAGUGCCAGCAGAUAUGACCAAGAACGAAGACAACGAUGCCACUUCCCAAGGAGCCGCAGAGGAGUUCGACACUAAGGGCCCCCUUUCUCAUAUCAUGGAUAUUGUUGCACAACUCAACCUCCUCAAGUCAACCGAUGAGACUGCUGAGAGCUCCGACGCAAAUUCGACUGUACCACCAUUGACCUCUGAUUCUGAUUGGGAGAUGGUUGCCAACACUACAGAACAGGCUGAAGAGGAAGAGAAUGAGUCGGAAAAUACUGAUGCAGAGUGGGAGAUGCUUGAGUAUCGUGACGCAAAGCCAUGUACUGUUCCUGCCGACUAUCUUAAAUCCAAGAAGAUGAAGAAGAUGGCGCUUCUCAAGAAGAUCGGUAAGCAGAAGCCUCCCCAGAUGGGUUUAGAAAGUUUGUUGACAUUAUACCAUAGAGAAUAAGCUUGACGUUGCCACUAAGCACAACAAGGAGGAGCAUAUCCAAAAGGCCAUGGAGUACAUCAAGGAGACCAAGGGCGAUAUCAAGUAUAUUGAUCGCUGCUUGGACGAAAUUGAGGGUUAG